AGAUUGUUGCCCAGUCGGUUUGCGUUACGUUUGCGUUUUAGUCACGUUUCUGAGUUUGCUGUGAGCGGUCAGAGAAACAAACUUUCGCAACAUGUCGAAGCCAGCCCUUUAUUACGCUACCUUAAGUCCUCCAUCUCGAGCCGUUAUGCUGACGGCUAAGGCAAUUGGCCUUGAACUUGAACUGCGUCCAAUUAACCUACUUAAAGGUGAGCACUUGACGCCGGAAUUUUUGAAAAUGAAUCCACAGCAUACGAUUCCCACAUUGCUCGAUGGGGAUGCAUGCAUUAUUGAUUCGCAUGCAAUUUGCUGUUAUUUGGUGGAGAAGUAUGGCAAUGCACAUCAGUCGUUGUAUCCCAAGGAUCUGGUGCAGCGCGCGAAUGUGGAUGCGCGUCUCCAUCUUGAUUCAGGACAUCUAUUUGCACGCUUGCGCUUUUUGUAUGAGCCCGUGCUGUAUUUUGGAUCGACUGAUUGCUCCAUUGACAAGAUAGCUUAUAUACAGAAGUGCUAUGAAAUACUGGAAGGUUUUCUCAAGGAUCAUCCCUACCUGUGUGGCGAUGAUAUUACCAUUGCCGAUUUCUGCUGUGUGGCCACGGUGACGUCUGUCAACGAUGUGGCACCGAUUGAUGAGUUCAAGUUUUCCAAAGUGCAUGCCUGGUUAAAGAAGCUGGCUGAACUACCUUAUUAUCAGGAUACUAAUGCAGAGGGUGCUGAUGAGUUGAAGGCUAUCUUUAAGGCUAAAUUAGCGGAGAAUCGCGGCAAGUAGUUCGUCGUACCAAAUCAGUUAAUGUCACACACACACAUAUAUAUAUAUGCAUAUAAAUAUUUACCCAAGCGGUGCUUGAAUAAAGUUUAGUUUUU